UUUACUUUUGAGUUUUGAAAUGUUAUGAAUGUUGAAACAUAAUGGAAAUAACAGUUUUUACUGAAAAUGUUGAUAUGAAAUAAAUAAAAUAAGCGCUCUUAAAUACAAGUAACUUAUCAAAAACUCUUUUAUUAUUCAUAUGCAUUAGAAACAGGUAAUUAAUUUUUAAGUUUUGAAUUUAGCAGGAAAUUAAUUAUUAAAAAAAGAUUUAAAACUAUUUUUAUUUAUUUCAAGAUAUUUGUGAAUGUUAUUUAAGCGUGAAAUGCCAAACAUAAAUCAUAAAAAUAUGAGCAAAUACAAUAUAUAUAGUAUUAAUAUAUUAUAAUUAAUAAAAAACAGUAUAAUAUAUUAUAACUAGUUAUACUUUUUAGACUUUUCACAGACUUCAAAUGAAGCAGGUUUUGAAACUUAUUGUUUUUGGCUUUUGCUGCUGUCAUAUUAAAGGAGUGAGUUAUGUUGGUAAUUGUGCAGAAGGCUGGUUUGAAUAUAGAAGUCAUUGUUAUCUUUUUAACACUGUAACUAGUGCAUUACAAGGAAAAAAUUGGACAGAUUCUCUUUUAACUUGUAAGAGAUAUGAUGCAAAUUUAUUAAGUGUAACAGAUCAAGCAGAAAACUCAUUUAUUAUGAACCGACUAAAUACCAACACCAUGAAAAACAGCUUUUACUGGAUAGGUCUCAGUAAACAUAAUAAUGAAGGAGAGUUUAUGUGGUCUGAUGGCACAGCUUUACUCUUCUUUAAAUGGGAAGCUAAUGAACCAAAUAAUAGGAAUAAUAAUGAAGAAUGUGUGGACGCAAGUGCUGAUGGUUGGAAUGAUUGUCCUUGCAGUAAUCUUAUAGGAUUUAUUUGUAAAGUAAAGCAAGAAAUGGGUGGCAGCGUUUAUGGAUUAGAGGAAAAAGAUAAUUUAAACAUAUCUCUUCAAUUAAAUGGAAACGGCUAUAAUGUAUCAAUAGAAUAUUUUUUUCCGUUGAUUGUUACCUAUACUUCUGAAAGCGUUUUGCGUGGAUUUAUAAAGUCUAAUUCUGCUCAAUUUAAGUACAUUUUUUCUGGAUACUUAGUAACAUAUGGAAUAAUUACACACAAUAUUUCAUUGAAGGUAAACAAAAAAAAAUGUUUUAAAGACUUUUUAAUUGAAGUUCCAGUGAAGUUGAGUUAUCAAAACAAAAACGGUAUAAUAAAAGUUGUAACAAUGGCAUAUCAAAAACAUUUGACUUGUUUAUCUAAAGUUUUACCGAAAAUACCAAGAGAAAUAAAUGCUCUUUCAGAAUACUAUGGACGCGGAAUAUAUAUAGACUAUGAAAGGUUUAAUUUUUACAUUUGCAUGAACCAACAUGUUGCAAGUACAGAAACUGCAUGCUUUUAUUAUAACAUACAUAAAGAUAAUGAUUUAUGGGCAGUCUUAGAUGUUCGUGUAGGAUGUGUAUUGGGUCAUCAUUUAGUAACAAAAGAGCUAUGGGCAAUCCAUCGUAAUCAAAAAUUAUAUUUAUAUUUUCAUGAAAUUUACGAAAAGUGGUUCGCUGUGAGCAAUGCAGACAAUAUAGCUGCAAGUAAUUUUAAUAAAAGUAUGAGAAUGAGUUUAGAAGGCGAUGAAGAUCAAGUUUAUACUUUCGGAUCAUAUCAGUGGAUGGGAAACUCCGAAGGAUUGUUUUAUCGCAAUAAUUCAUUGAGCUCAUGGUUGCAAAAAAUCCGCUGGACUCGUUAAACAUUUUAUUUUAUAAAUUUUUCAAGUCAAGUUGCUCUACAACGAAGUUAGUCUAAUCUAGGACAUUGGAAGGCGAAUCUAAUCUAAAUAAAAUAUAUUUAAGAAGUUAUUAAACGAAAGUUUGAUUUCACUGAUACAAAAAAAUGUUAAUAAAUCAAUUUUGUUGCAUGCUGAUAAGUUAUUUUGUAUAUGAUUUUAAUUUUAUUAA